AUGUCCCAGCAGGCGACGCUAUCACCUUCACCUUUCAACUUCCGCGAAUCUCCAUCACUCUUCUUGCCUCGAUCACCGUCUGCCGCACCUUCUCGUGGACCUAACACGGUCCAUCCGUCCUCCUCUUUCCACGAGCGACGACGAACCCCACACCCUCACAAUUCCGCGCAAAGCCCCCAUGGAGACUCGCUGAAUCCCUCAGCAAACGCUUCUGCCUCAAGACUUGGACACCGCGCAUCACAUCUUGUCAUCGAUCUUACAGAAGACCAAGAGGGACCGAAUCCCACCAUGCCUCGAAGAGCCCGACCGGAUGGGGAACGAUCCCACCAACCACCGCAGCUUGGAAGGAGUGAUGCGUCAGGUUUGCGAGAUGUUGUUGACUUGACAGACGAUCAUGAGGAACAGGAAGUCAUGAUAACUGGUGCUCGCGAACUUCCAGCGCCACGACCUCGAAAUGCUGAAGCCGCUCCGAAUCGCCCGCUGGGUGGACUUCGCCUACCAAGCAUACGAGCCGAAUCUCCUUCGCUAUUUGUACCUCGCCCGCCCGAACAACAUGCGUUUCAGCGAGCUUUAGGACGCCCACUACAAGCUUUCGGCGCCGCCCUGGGAUUCGGUGGGGUGGUACGAAGGCCUGGCAACCCUCAUGAACUUCUCAGGAACAGUGUAGCAUUUGUGGAACAAUUGCAUGCGUUUGCUGAAUUUGAAGAGCACCUUCAACACAUACCUGGGCUUGAUUACAGAACACAGGGUUUAGGAGAACCUCGAAAACCAGAUCACGUUCCCCCGAAAGCCGCACGCGAGAACUUCACCCGAUCUCCCAAGGAAGACGAUGUUGUUAUCUGUCCGAGUUGUGAUGAAGAACUCGUGCAUAACAAGCAAGAUGAAGAGCCCAUGGUGAAGAAGGGUGGGAAAACCCCGACCAGGAAAGAGCGCGAGGAACAUUCUUUCUGGGUUGUGAAGGAUUGUGGGCACGUCUACUGUAAUAAUUGUUACCAAAAUCGCCUUUCUCACGCCAAGAUGCCAAAUGUUCAUUUUUCCGAGGGCUCGAAGCAAACUAAAUCCAAGGCCACCAAGACAAUUACCUGUUCCGUAGAUGAAUGCGAGUCAGAUGUCAAAUCCAAGGACAAAUGGAUUGGCAUCUUCCUGUAG